UACAGAAAAUGGCUUCUGUCUUUUGAAUAGUAUCUACCUUCUCUUUGGUUAGGACGCCAUGCUUCCAGCAUAAUGUCAGCGAAAGUUGCAAUUCAGAAGUUCUCCUUCCCCUUCUCCUGUGCCGCACCACUUUCUCAGCAAGAUGAGGUGACCCAGAAGGGAUGUAUACAGGUGAAGGCCCUGGAGCUUCAUGACCUCCAGGAGAAUCAAAUUUUAAGUGAAGCAAGCCCUGUUGUAAUGGGAGCUCUGGUACAUAAUAAGAACCAAGCCCAAGGGAGUCCAAAGCCUUCUGCUGGGGGAAACAAAGCAGUUGCCCAGGUCCUGGUCUGUGCUGAAGUUUCCCAGAGUGCUGUGGUCUCCAGGCAGAGUGUGUCUGAGAAGCUGGCGGUUGAGAGCGAAGAUCAGCGUCCUGCGGCGAAGAGACAGCUUUCAUCAGAGAGCGCAGCCAGGACCAUCACCGUGGUGAAGAAGAGCGCAGUGAGGAAGGAGGUGGAGGAACACAGGCACCUGAAACCAAAAGCUCACCUGGGACAGAGAGCGACACCAUGCUCUGUGGCCGUGGGGAAGAGGAGGCGUCGAAAGGACCUCUUCACCAACUGCGACGUCUUCCAUAGGGUUGAUUCACACGUCAUCAGGGCGGGAGCAGAGCUGAAGGAAAAGUGUGUGUAUAAUGUGAAGACAAUAGUACAAAGCAUCACACAAGGAGCCAGAAAUGAGCUGGAGAGGCUUCGUGCAAUCUGGGUCUGGCUUUGCCACAACAUCGAGUAUGAUGUGAGUGGGUACCUCGGCCGCUCGGAGAAGCUGAGCUCCCCAGAGGAGGUGAUAGCGGCCGGUCGGGGUGUGUGCUGUGGCUACUCCAGCCUCUGCUCAGAGAUGUGCAGAGAGGUGGGCAUCGAGUGCCAAGAAGUGCCAGGCCACAGCAAAGGGGUCGGGUACCUUCAGGGCCAGAGCCUCAAGAAUGUGAAAUCUGAUCACCUGUGGAACUCUGUGCUUCUGGGGGGACAGUGGUUCCUAUUGGACGCUUGUUGGGGAGCAGGACGAGUAGAUGUGGAACAUGAAAGCUUUGUUAAAAGGUUCGAUGAUUUCUAUUUCCUAACGGACCCAGAGGAGUUCAUAGAUUCACACUUCCCCGAUGAGGAGAAAUGGCAGCUCCUGGACACGCCCAUCCCCCUGGAGGAGUUCGAGAGGAGAGUCUUCAAGACCUCAGCCUUCUUCACCAUGGGGCUUCGGCUAAUUCAGCCUCAUCACUGUCAUCUUGUCACAGCUGAUGGUGAGGCAAACGUGUCCCUUGGCUUCUCGAGGCCAACAACUUUUACCUAUGAGAUCACACAGCACCAGGACCUUCUUCAUUGCGGAGCUCCAGAGCAGAAAGAGUCCAGCAACUCAUCCUUUGGCCUCCUAACGGUUUCACAUCGGAGCAUGAAGCUGCAGCUCCUGCCGCCUGCGAGUGGUGUGUAUGAUGUGAAGGUGUUUGCCAGACCUGAAACUGCCACCUCAGCUCUGAUUUGGGUCUGCUCCUUCAUGGUCGAGUGCCCCAUCCCCAGAGCCAUGGAGGAGAUCCCAGAGAACCCCUUCCUGUCCUGGGGCCUGCAGCCUGUUGCAGGAUCUCUGGGCGUCACAGGCAGCAGCCAGGGCAGCAAGGCAGCCGAGGUGGAAGAUGGUGUCUUUGAGUUGGUAUUGAAGACGUCCAGGCCUCUGAUGGUGCUGUGUGAACUAGUUCACCCAGAGCUGGAAGGUGCUGUAGCCAAGCGCUGCCUAGCUACUCAGAUUCAACCGGAUGUCCUGACCUGCCACAUCCUGUGUCCUACGCGUGGCUUCUACCGGCUGUCAGUAUUUGUGCGGGAUUACGAGAAAACAGAAGUCAGGUUCCAGAAUGCUGGAAACUUCCUGUUGCACUGCAAAGGGAAGGUGGUCAGUAUGGAAGAGCUCUUCCCUCCUAGUCUGAGCUCAGUGUGUGGGCCGGGGACCCGCACAUCAGAGGCGGGCCUUUCCAAAUUCAGCCACACGACAGCACUAGUGAGUACCCAGCAAGGCAAGUGUAACAUUACCUUCCACAACCAUCGAGACCUCGAGCUUCACACCAUGCUGAGCAGAGAGGAGAACAAGACAGCAGCCAUCCCGCUUUCACGGCACCUCUUCUGCACAUACACAGACAGCAAGGUGACGGUGAGCGUCAGCCUACCUGAUGCCGGGGUGUAUCGGCUAGGCCUGUAUGCUAAGAUCACCCCUGGUGGAGAUUUCAGCCCCAUGUGUGACUUUGUUCUGAAGAACAGCUGCGAUCAGCCCGGGCCUCCGUUCCCCUGCGUCUACGCAGCCUGGAGGAAAGGCUUCGUGCUCUUUGAGCCUCGUGUGGGCCUGCUGGAGCCCCUUUCAUGGGUCCGCUUCAGGGUGAGGGUCCCCGGGGCCCAGAGGGUGAGUGUGAUGGGAGAGACACGAACUGAUCUAAAACUGAAUAAGAGCCGAGUGUGGGAGGGUGACGUUUUCACUGGAAACAGUCUCCAACUAGUGAAACUGGCUGCUACAUCGGGGGAAUCCACUGACAUGGCUGUUUUGAUGACCUUUGACAUCAAGCAGCUGGAGAGAGAAGUGUGA